CAGAGGUUGAAGUCUCUUUGGGAUCACAACAGAUGUUUUUGGAUGCAGCAUUUGAAUCAUUAGGAUAAGCAACUCAUUCUCAUUAUGGGGAUAUUUUUCCGUUUAGUCCUGGGUUUAUGCACACUGCAUCUGUUGAUCACUUUUAGCACCGUUGUGAAUGCAUCCAGAAGGCCGUGGACAACUGCUGAAAACAGAUUGGCUGCAAAAAGGAGGGCCAGAAAUGUGAACAAGCUACCGAUACCCAUCACCUGUAGGCUGGGGGGCUGGUCAUCAUGGACGCCGUGUACCUCCUGCACAGACAAAACGUUCCGUUUUCGAUACCUAGAAAAACCUUCGCAGUAUGGCGGGACUGAGUGCGUUGAAACGUUAUGGGACAGGCUGGCAUGUCCAAACACAAACACACAAUGUCUGGCGCCAGAUUACUGUGGAGAAAGCUUCACCUGCAAAGGAUCCGGGCGCUGUGUUAGCCAGUCCCUUCGCUGUAACGGCGAGUCAGACUGUGAUGAUUUUUCUGAUGAAGAUGAAUGUACAGAUUUUAACCUGAGAACUGACAAGUGCUCCACUCUCAUGCCAAUCCCUGGAGCUGAACGUGGCACUCAGGGUUACAACAUCUUGACUGGAGACUUCAUGGACAAUGUUCUUGACCCAGCGUACUUUGGAGGAAGUUGUCAAUAUGUCUAUAAUGGUGAAUGGAACAAAUUUGUGUAUGACGCCUUCUGUGAGAACCUGCACUACAAUGAAGAUGAGAAAAACUACAGGAAACCUUACAACUACCAUGCCUACCGUUUUGUGGCGGAAGCAACAUCAAAGGGCUCCCAGGAAUUUUUCAAUGACACGGUUAGCCUGGUGAAUGCAAGGAGCACCCUGUCGUCCUCCAGAGGCGGGGUCACAAUUGGGGUGUAUCAUGUGGAAGUGGGACUGAGUGGUAGCUCCGAAUCCACGUUUCUCAGCAAUCUAACAAAGUAUAAUAGCAAGGACCUAGCUUUUGUCAGGCUUUCGUCCAAAGUGCAAACAGCCCUCUUCAAGAUGAGAAGUGAUAAGCUGAUGCUUCAUGAAGACUUCUAUUUCUCGCUCAUGGAGCUUCCGGAGCAGUAUGACUUUGGGUUAUACUCUCGCUUCUACAACACAUUUGGCACCCACUACGUCACAGAGGGCACCUUGGGAGGAACGCUGGAAUAUGUUGUGGUUAUUAACAAAACAACCAUGGAAACAUCAAAUAUUGAGGUCCAAACAGUUGAGUUUUGCCUUGGUGCCUCUUUUGGUUUAAGCAAAACAAUUACCGGGUCUGCAUCACUUGAUCUCAAAGCAAAGGCAAAAGGAUGUGAAAAAGAAAUGCCGUAUUCUCAAGACGGAAAGUCUGGAACAAGUGUGAUUGAGGACAUUGUCACUCUAGUAAAGGGAGGAAUCAUAGACAGGAGCGCCGGCCUGUCAGCCAUUAGGACCCCGGACACAUACAGAAAGUGGGGAGCAUCUCUCAAAUACAAUCCAGCACUCAUCGAAUAUGAGACCUUGCCGAUUUACGAGCUUGUGCGGCUCAGCACAGCAGCUGACCACCUCGGUUCUAGAAUUGACAAUUUGAAGAAGAGUUUUGAUGAGUAUUUGCGGCAGUUUAGCCCCUGCCGCUGCGCCGCCUGCAAGCACAACGGGAUCCCUGUCCUCUCGGGCACCAACUGUAAAUGCCUCUGUAAGUCAGGCUUCCAGGGAGAAGCCUGUGAGGACACCCUGAGAGCAGAUGCCCAGACAGAUGGAGCUUGGUCCUGCUGGGGGGCCUGGUCCUCCUGUACAGCAGGAUGGAAGACCAGAACAAGAAGCUGUGAUAAUCCGGCACCUGAAAAUGGUGGAAUGACCUGCCUGGGCUCCUCUUCUCAGGCUCAACACUGUUAAAGAGCACUGUCUUUAGAUGUUAGAUGUUAGAGCAACAAUUAUGUUCAGUGCUGAGUCAGCAGAAAAAUGGUUCUUCUUCUUCUGUGUUCUAUUGCAAACAUAAAAAGUAAUAUACCAUCUGCGUUUCUCAGGCCACGCUGUCUAUCAAGAGUAGGAAUAAAUGUGUCAUGUGCUGACAAUA